CUCGCGAGUAGCGAAUCCAAUCGGAAAUCGAGUAAUGAAGAUUACUCAACGGCCUCAAGAAGCGCGGGGGAGUCCAAUCCUACCAAAAUGUCUCUAGGAGAGACUCCUUUCGUUCUUCAAGAGGACAAAGAGGUUGAAAUGGUAAAACCGAUUGAGUUGCAUGAUGUCACGGAGAAUGACGAAAGAGGCGAUACACACAUUCGACCUCAAGGGAAAGCGAAUCUUGGAUUUUUUGAAUCUGAAAUAGAUGGACGAGUAACCAGACAAAACGCAGACAAUGUUUGUGUCUUGGUCAUUCACUACGACUUCAAAGACAAUCCUGAAUAUAUCCGAAACGGAGACGCCUGUGACGUAGAAAAUCUCAAGACAUCCUUCGGGAAAAACCGGAACUGCAAUUUCCGUAACUUUCGGUCACCGAACAAGAACAUUUUGCUCAAACUUCUUGGUGAUCAAGAAAUGCUUUUGCAGUUUUUCAACUCACAAGAUGACGUGCCUUCUGUUUUCGUGCUUUUCAUUCUCUCUCAUGGGACUGAAAACGGAACGAUAUUGACCGACCACUUCAAAAGGAACACAAAUGAUUACGAACGUUUCGCAAGAGAUGAGGUCUUUGACUCAUUACAGAAGCUUACAAAAUUCGAAGAAUCCCUGAAAAUCGUAAAUUUUGGGCCAUGCCGGGGUCCGUUGGAGGAUUCUAAGUUCGACAUAAAGAAUCCAUGCCAAAACUAUGCAAACAUGAAUGAAUGCAGAAUCACCACUCGCCCGGGAAUGCACAACUUUGUCACGCUCUAUUCGACAGUUGAGACAGCACGCCCAAAAAGGGACGAGCCGUCGUUCUUUGUCAAGGCAUUUUGCGAGUGUCUAAAUCGGAAUGAGGAACAACCACUGCUGAAAUUGCUAACUUCUGUGCAGUGCCGCAUACACAAAACUUCGCUCGCUGGCACGAAUUGCUCCACAGGCCAAACCCCUGAGUUAAAGAUGUUCCAACAGGACAGAUCGUUCGUCUUCUCAAAAUCCCUUGAUCCCAUUGAUAGCAAGACAGGAAAAGUAGCACUAAAAUCGCAAGUUUCCGAGUUCUAUUCUUGGAAGUCGGAUUCGGGCAACGACAUUCGAGGUAGACGGGCUUUCAUUUUCUGCGAUAAACAAGAUGAACAUGCGCAAGAAUUGGAAAGAGCUCUUCGUUGGAACCUGGAUUUUGAAACAAGAAAAUCUCCAUUAAGCCAAGAAUCAUUGAACUCUUGCUUUGAAAAAGUAUCCAAGCUAGAGCCUGACGUUGGCUGCAUUUUGACAUGUGUUUUCGGCCAAGUGACCGAAAAUCAAACAACGAGAGAAGCUUGUGUUCUAGUGGACGGCAAAGAAACUAAAAUCACCAGUAUUUUGCACAAUUUUGUUGGCCCAAAAAGUGACAGUUUGAUUGGAAAGCCGAAAAUAUUAUUUAUAGUACAUCAGGAAGCACAUCAUUCUGACUGGCAUCAUCGGCAACAAUUUGAAGCAUCAGGGAACUUCGAGACAUCUGCUACGAAUCACAGUGGCUGGCUUGUGUUGAUUUUAAAGAACAAAGGUGCGGUCGAAAGAUUGAUUGAAAUCCUCAAACACAACGCUCCGAAAAAAGGUAGGAGCUUACAGGAACUACUCGAGCCCCUUCUUAUCUCGUCAGAAGAAAAAAGCGAGAGGAGUUUGCUGAAUUCAACUCUGCAAUAUCACCUCAAUUUUCCAGACUUCCCCAGACAUUUUGUCAAGCUCAAUUUUGCAUUGAAAAGCAAAGAAAAUGUUGCCCUGACUAGAAUGAGCUUUGAUGAUUUGUUGGAACAAAUGAAAUCGUCACAAGAAGCUCAAAAAAUAUGGCUAUUGAGUUCAGUUGCCGGCGCAGGAAAAACCACCGUUCUCAAAGAAAUCGCUUUCCAGCUUGGAAAAUCCGAUCCACACAUCAAAACUUUGUGUGUCCAACUAAAAAAGAGCUUAUUCUGCACGGCGUUAGAGACCUACAACAGUGCGGUUAAAUUUCUCGCAGAAGCCACGCGAAACUCUUCAGAAGACAUCAAUGAUUGGAUUCGGAAGAAAAGAGCAUUCGUGUUACUUGAUGGCUUCGACGAGGUCUGUCCACAGUACAGGUCGAAAGUUUUAACUUUGUUAGAAGCUUUGGAAGUAAAGAAGAUUCCUCUGUGUGUUAGUACGCGCCCACACGAAGCGAAAGCAAUCAUGGAAACUGUCGAAAAUGCAGUUAUGAUAGAGAUCGAACCACUAAACGAGGAGCAGCAAAUUGAUUUCCUGAAGAAUUUGGGGAAGAACGAAGAAGAAAUUGCGCCAUUUAUAGGUAAUUUCCCUAUUAAAGACAUUCUGGUAAACCCCUUGCACCUUUUCUUGCUUGCCAAGAGCAAGACUAAAGGAAACCUAUACAAAAUGUAUGACAAUGUGGUGCGACAGAAGGUGAAGGAGUGCUUGGCCGAAAAAGUCUUUGAAAGACAAGAAGAGGAAGCACUGAGCAGUCUCCGACUUAUAGCCUCUCGCUUCAUCAUGGAAUCCAGUCUGGUCCGUCCAGAGUUGCAAGAUUUACAAAAAGUAAACAGCGAUUAUGGAGUUGCGACAGUUUGGAAUGGAGAAGUUAGGUUUCUGCACCAAACGUUUGCAGAAUUCCUCAGCGCCCAAAAAUUCAUUGAAGAUUUCGAGAAAGAACCAGCUUUUUUCAAACAGAGUUUCUCGGAGGUCAGAAAAUUCAUAGAUCUUUUUUAUAGUUAUCUUGAGAAGGACGGAGAAAAAAGAGAAUUGAGAUUGCAAACAGCCGCUCUCCUUACUCUUGCGAGAUCACUCGGCCCGUUAUUUUUCUUGAAGAAGGUGGUUCAAGAGAAUCUGCAGCACAUUUUCAAGAUCGUGAAACAGCACAUUUCAUUUCGCGACGAGUUCAAUGCUUCGAUUUGGAUGAAGCCAAGCCCAGACCUGUUCAUAAGUGCAAUUGGAAGCGAGGAAAUCGCCAUCGAACUGCUGGACAUGGGGGUUCUCGACCUGAAGGGUUUGGAGCAAAAUUUAUCCGACAUCCUGCUGCAAAUCGAGGAACACAACGCGGUUGGAACCUUUGAAAAACUCAAACUGAUAUUCCCUGGUUUUCGUGACAUAGUCGACGCCUGUUAUUACCAUAAUGUUGAAAUGAGAGAACCACUCCGGAAAGUAGGCAUUAAAGCGGCUAGAAGAAAUAACGCCAAACUGCUUGAAUUGCUACUGCAGAUCGGAAUUGGAGCGUUCAAUCAUUUUGAGGUCGAGGACAGCUUCUACAACGCAUGCAAACACGGAAGUGUCGAAUGUGUCAAGGUUCUGCUCAAAUACAGGAGAAGAAUUGACGCGUAUUACGAUCCUUUGACUGUUGCUGCCAGAAACGGUCACCUGGACCUGGUAAAAUAUCUUCUCGAGGAAAACAUCUGCGGAUUUAAACGAGAUCCGGAAACGUUGAAGGUGGAAGGGUUGGUUCAAGAGUGGAAUGCGUUCCAUUUUGCUGUCAAUGAAGGUCAUAAAAGCACAGCAGAAUAUUUGUUAUCAAAGAGUCCUUCUUUGGUAAGAUGCAAAACGCAGGACGGCACAGCUCCAAUUCAGAUGGCAGUUCGUCAAACCAAUGUGGAAAUGCUACUCUGGCUUGCAGAACACGACUUAGAGUCCUUGAAACCAAGCAAAGAACGAAAAGAUUGGUCGGAUAUUGAUCUUUCCUACUUCGAACACUUCUUGAUGCUUCAAGGUGACGUCACAGCAAAAGAGGAAAGAGGGAAAACUGCUCUGCACUGUGCCGCAAAAUACGGAUAUCUCGAACUCGUUCGCAAGCUAAUAGCCUCUGGGGCCGAUGUCCAAGUAAAGGACCAAGAAGGAUGGAACGCUUUGCAUUACGCAUGUUGCAAAGACAUCAGAUUUGAAAUAAUUGAAACGCUGCACUUAACGAGCACACUAUUGUCAAAAGAAACUACGAAUGAGGGAAAAACGGCAUUGCACAUCCUAGUUGAGAACUGCGAAAACGAUGACAAUGCUUUAGAAGCUGUGCGUUUUCUGGUUGAGGAAUCUGGAGUGGACGUUGACGCUGGGGAUAAAAGAGGGCGUACAGCAUUGACAAUUGUCCUCGAGAGAGAAUUGAACAGAGAUUUCUUUCAAUAUUUGAUAUCAAGAAGCGUGAACACUUCGCUCAAGGACAAGUUCGGGCGAUCGGCUCUUCACUACGCCGCCAUGACGGAUGACUCGGCUGCGUUGCAAAAGUGGAUAAAACUUUGUGGAGACUUGAACAUUAGAGAUGAUUUAGGACGGACAGCGCUUCAUUUGGCUGCUGAGAAAGGAAAUUGGUGUUUCGUGCGGAACUUGAUUCAAUCAGGAUCCAACCUUGGUGCAACUGAUAAAUUCGGUCGCAGCCCGCUGAUGCUUGCAUGCGAAAACACAUAUACGGAUAUCGUUGAAAUGUUGCUGAGCCAAAACUCGAGCCUCAACAUUCAAGACUUGGAGGGGAACACCGCGUUGCACUACGCAACCAAGUCAGGAGAAUUGAAUUUGAUCAAAAAGCUGCUCGAAAAGGGCUCUGACGUGAAUGUCAGAGAGAACAAUGGAUGGACAGUGCUGCAUAUCGCUGUAAGAGACAACCAAAAUGAUUUAUUGCAAAAGUUGCUCGAAUACAAGGCCGACGUCAAUUCUAAAGAAAAAUCCGGCUUGACUGCGCUUCACCUCGCCUGUCAAAGUUAUCCAGGACUAGUGCAAAAGCUGCUCGAUCACGGAGCCGACGUGAACCUGAAAAAUCCAUCAGGAUGGGCCGCUCUGCACGUGGCCAUUCAAGAGAAUUGUCCGGAGCUGGUUGAGCAGUUGAUCAAUCACGGCGCUGACGUGAAUAUGAAAGGAAAUAAUGGAUGGGUUGCUCUGCACAUUGCUACUAUUAAAAACAACGUAAACUUGCUUCGAAUCCUCCUCGAAUCUGGCGCAGAUGCAAACCAAAAAACCGAAAAAGGAAUGACUCCGCUGCACCUAGCCGUGAUUCAGCAAAAUAAGGAAUCGGUGCAAAUCCUACUUGACCACGGGGCUGACGUGAAUAUUAAAAACCAAGAUGGGUGGACCGCCCUGCACUUCGCAACGAAAAAUAACUGUCCAGAAUUGGUGCAAAAGCUGCUGGAACAUGGCGCCGACGUUCGUGUAAAAAACGAAGAUGGAUUGACCGCUCUUGACCUGGUCGCAGGAAGAAACUACCUAUUUUCAGCGCAAAAGCUGCUCGACUACGGUGUCAACGAACAAAAAUUAAUCACUGCGCAUCGUGUUCAGAGAAGACCUGUCCCAGCGGAAAGUGAAUUUAGUACAUGCAUCCUGCUCUAGACAUAUUUUGGGCUUCAGUUUAGGUAUUUGAUUUCACAUUUUCCACAUUAUUUACGUUUUUUUUUGCAUAUAAUACCUCUUAGUUAGAUUCUUUGUUUAAAGUUUCCUCUUGAUGGUUUUAUUAUUGUAAUUUGAAUAAAAGAUAUCGAAUAUUGUCGUUAUGCUUUUCGGCCUGCUCUGUCCUAACGGACGCACGCCAGCAGACCUAGUGCGUUCGCCGGGACGGGAAUGUCUCGGGACUCCCGGAAUCUCCCGGGAAUUCCCGGCGCCAGGACCGACAUUUUUAGACGGGAGCCACGGUCGGGACGGGAGCGGGAAAGUUUUUCCGGGAGCGGGAAUCCCCGGGAACCUAGUAAAAAUUCAUAUUCACAACUCGCUUUUAGUUUGGCUAGAAUGAUUAAAAAAUAGUUAGGAAUGUUUUGUAUAUUAGAUAUUUUUCACGGUUUGAUAACUUAAUGAACUAUCCUAAUUUUAAUUUGUGGAGUUCAAGCUGUAAUAUUUCUUUUCUGUCAUUCACUAUUAAAAAUACUCAAUCACUACUAAAAAUGUUACAGAUUUUUUUUCAUUGACGUGUGAUGAUUCUCGCAACUUAAAAAAGUUGGGACAAAAGUUCUUGAUCUAAAUAAAAUGCAGUUUUGUAGGUUUUGUUUUGGUAAUCUCUGCAUUUCUACAGAAAAUUGAAUUUUUUAAAAACGUAGUAUUUAACGUGGCCCAGUAAAAAUUGCGUCCGUGAACUUUUCUAUCAACAAAAAGUAUAAUUUAUAACUUGAACACAUAAAAAUAAAAGAGCAUAGUAUGUUUGUAUUUAUAAAUAUGAGAGCUAAGAAUUAAUUAAUUAACUUAUAAGUGAUCAACGCAGAUGUUGUCUACUUUCGAUUUUAAAAUUUUUGGCGGGAAAUCGGGAGCGGGAAGAAUCGGGAAAAAUAUUUGGUAAUGGCACCAGGAAAUGCCGGUAACAGGAAACAUUUUUUCGGGACCGGUACUCCCAGGGAGAAAAAUUUGCUCCCGAAGAACGCACUGAGCAGACCCAAGGUGUAACGCGCGGCCGCAGGCUGCGACCCAGAAAACAUCGUUAUAUGUAUAAAAUUGGAUUAUCUUUUUUAACAUGCGUGACAUUUAACAUUAACGUUAUAAAUGCCCCAUUUCGCGAUCGAUAUCUUUUUCUCUCUGUUCAAAGUAAAAAACAGUAAUAAAACUUUGUCCAAGCGA